GGGGUCGCUCUCUUAGCCCAUCCUCAACCUCCCUCCCUGCAUGCUUUAAAUAUAUAGACAUAUAUGAUAUGAUAUAUAUCUCUCUCUAUGAAAUUCAAGAAACCCAACCAACCAAUAGUCAUUAUCGUACUUUAAUUUGUUCAUCAUUGAUUUUAGCGACGACGACGUUAAUUAAUCCGUUUGGUUCCGACAUGAACUGCCCGAGAGAUUGGCCCGAGCCAAUCGUCCGCGUCCAAUCGCUGUCCGACAGCGGCCUCGGCACCAUCCCCGACAGGUACGUCAAGCCGCCGACCGACCGCCCGUCGAUAACCGCCGCCGCCGCCGACGUUAAUAUCCCGUUAAUCGACUUCCAGCGGUUGCUCGAUGGCGGCGACGGCGACGUCGACCCGGGCGUCCUGGAGCAGGUCUCCGAGGCUUGCCGGAGCUGGGGUUUUUUUCAGGUGGUGAACCACGGCGUCCGGCCGGAGCUGAUGGACCAAGCUAGGGAGGUCUGGCGCGAAUUCUUCCACCAACCCAUGGAUGUCAAAACCGCGUACGCUAAUUCCCCGACCACGUACGAGGGUUACGGCAGUCGGUUGGGCGUCGAAAAAGGCGCCAUUCUUGAUUGGAGUGAUUACUAUUUCCUUCACUAUCUCCCUUCUUCUUUGAAGGACCAUAACAAAUGGCCCGCCUUUCCAUCUUCAUUAAGGGGAGUGAUUGAAGAAUACUCUGAACAAGUGGUCAAAUUGUGCGGGAGGUUAAUGAAGAUUUUGUCGAUUAACCUUGGACUAGACGAAAGUUGUCUGCAAAACGCGUUUGGAGGGGAUGAUAUUGGAGCCUGUCUAAGAAUAAAUUUUUACCCAAAAUGUCCACAACCCGACCUUACCCUCGGGCUAUCCUCUCAUUCCGACCCGGGCGGGUUGACCAUCCUCUUGCCGGACCAGCACGUCGCCGGCCUCCAAGUCCGCCGGAACGACCAAUGGAUCACCGUUAAACCGGCCCAGCAUGCUUUCAUCGUCAAUAUUGGGGAUCAAGUUCAGGUACUAAGUAAUGCAGUGUACAAAAGCGUUGAGCACAGAGUGAUUGUUAACUCAAAUCAAGAGCGUGUAUCCUUGGCAUAUUUUUAUAAUCCGAGGGGAGAGUUACUUGUACAACCAAUGAAGGAGCUCGUGACACCGGAAAAUCCACCAUUAUAUCCGGCGAUGACAUUUAACGAGUAUAGACUUUACAUCAGGACCAAGGGUCCUAGGGGAAAAUCACAGCUAGCCAUAGGGGAGUCGUCUGCAAAAUCCCCAAGAUAAUACACAUAACUAUAUAUACUUAGUGUGAUUAAUUAGCAUUAAAUAAUUAUUAUGUAUUGGUCAAUAAUGCUCAUUCCAAUUGAUUGUAAAUCUUCUAGCCUUAUAUGUAUAAAGAAAAAUAGCAAUAAUAAUUAAAUGAAAAAAAUAGAAAAAUCAAAUUUUGAAUGGCAGUGUUCAA